GCGUGAAGAGUUAGACUCCAAAUCAUGCUAUUACUCCACGUCAUCAUAGAUACCCACACCUUUAAACCCCAAGAACCUCUCUAUUCUCCUCUCACCUUCAAUCCAAUUCACAAACCAACUCCCCCAAAAUCUCACUUUCUCUGUUUUUGCUCUGUUUUCCUCUGUUUUUUCCUCAUCAUCACACAUUAAAAUGGAGGGUCUAAUUCCAUUUGUGUACAAAGCUGUAAUGCAAUACAAGAAUGAGAAACAAGGGCCUAUUGGUUCAUGGCUUUGUGAGUCACCUUCUUACUCAUACAUGAAACUUCCCGGCGACUCAGGUCGGUUUCAAACCUCUGCUUCUUCUCCGUUUGGGUCAGACUAUGGUUUUUCUGCUUCUUCACCAUCUUCCAAACUUUGUACUUCUUCUUCAACCCAAAUCAUAGUUUCUUCCAGUGUUCAAUCGCCACACCGUGGCAUGAAUUCACCUAGAGUUCCAACAUGAACUUCUAGACCAACAUGUUCUGGUACAAGAAUGUGAUUACUGCUUGUGUUGUUAAGUGUUCAAGUUUGUCUUUUGAAAUGGUUAAAGUUUGGGACCAUGUUUGAACUUGCAAGCAUGUGGAUAACCAAAGGAGUCCUAUGCUUGCAUGGUUGUAUUUUGCAAUUGUAAAUAUUUGUCAUGAUGGGGGGGGGGGGGGGGGGGGGGGGGGGUGCGGUGUCAAGUGAAUGGGUGUGUUUCUUGACCUAAUGGGGGGUUCAUGGAAACUGUGAAUUUGUAGAAUAAUUAGAUUGCAAUUGUUUGUUCGUUUUAUUUUGAGUAUUGAUUUUAUUUUUCUCCGUUUUCUAGAGAGGAUUUUUCCUAGAUUUUAUUGCCAUUUGAAGUAUGAUUCUAUGAGAAUUGUUCACAAAAAAAAAAAAAAGGAAUAAGAGAAUAGACUAAAUUUCUGUGUACGUCGUAAGAGGCAAAAUGAGAGUAUAUUAUUUGAGGAAUAUGUUGAAACUAUCUUGUCAAACCUUUGGGUCAUUAUCAUCUAACAAGAUUUCCAUAAAAAAGAUGUUUCAACUAUUUAAAUAUAUCAGGUUUGGUGGAUGAUGGCGUGUACAAAAGGAAAUUGUCUUCUCAAGCUGGCUCAUUGUAUAAUAUAUGCAUGUAUUGAAGUUUCAA